AUGGUGGCGGCUCGCGAGGGGGAGGACGACGGGAAGGUGCCGUGGGCCGUGGUGGUGGAGGGGUUGCUCACCACGGGCGCCUUCAGCACCAGUGACCCCGUGACACUUGCCUUCGCGCGAUUGGCCGAGCGGUUCCUGGCGCCGUGGGCGAGAAUAGAGGGUAUCACGGACGGGCUGGGAAAGACAGGCCUCAUCAAGGCGGCAGCACUCAAAGCCAUCGCCACCAACCCCAAGCUAAUGACCUGUGUGGCGCAGGUGCGAGUGGUGGAAGGGCGGGUGUUCUUCCGCUAUGGCUCCUUCCUGGAAGACGAGAGGAAGCUUCUGAGAAUCAACCUGGCGGUGAAGAUGAUUCAUGAAGCCGUGGUCACGUUUGAGCUGCAGACCCUGCGGGCAGAGCUCUAUUUGAACGCGUGUGACGACCCACACAGCUACGACAAUUCACUCUCAUCGGGUCGUUCGGGCUUUGCAGUGCUGAGCUCCCAGUGGACGCCCGGCGUGACGGACAUUCUCUUCCCCGACCCCCUUGACCUCGCGUACCAGCCCUCCUACUCGCCCCGUGCGGGGCAAGUAGGAGAGGCACGGCAGGAGCGGCAGGGGUUGGAGCCGUUGCCGAUAUGGGAGCGGCGCAAGAGCAAGGCGGAGUGGAGGGGCAGGGCGUUGGAGCUGGUAUUGAAGGAGGCCAACUGGGCCACGAGCCUGAGAGUGCGCCUCCACCGCAUGUCAGACGCCCGCCCUGACCUUCUGGACGCACGGCUCACCAUGUGGGGCGACAAGGAUGGUGUUGACGCCAAGAAGCUGCUGCUCAGGCACGGUGUGGUGCUGGCAGAGGAACUGGAUGACGUGGCAGGGAGGAGAGACUACAAGUACGUGCUGGUGGUGGACGAGCAGAUCGGCACGCGUGACAUGUGUCGCGCUCUCAGUGGCCCGCAGGCCGUCAUCCGUCACGCGUCAGGUUACACGGAGUUCUUUGACCCGCUGCUGCUGCCAGGCGUGCACUAUGCACCCGUGGGGCACAGUUUCCGGGACCUAUUCAGUGUGAUAGAGUGGAUGCAGCGCAACGAUGCUGCUGUCCGCACCAUGGUGCGCAACGCCAAUGAGCUCGCAGCGCUCGUCUGCACGUGGCACUCGCGCGUGCACUUCUGGGCGGUACUCCUCGCCAAAUACUCCUCCCGCGCCCUCGAGAACCCCGCUGCUGUGGUUGCCCCCACGCCGUGCCGCGGCGGCCGCGCCAGGGUUAGUUCCCAGUGGGCGAAUUCGACUGUUUCUGGGGCUUGUAAAGUGGAUCGGAGUGUAGAUGAAGCGGGGGCGUCGUGGAGUGAGUUGGCGAAGGCUGCUGGGGAGAGAGGUGCUAGUGCGUUGUUGGAGGUUUUGGGUAUUGAUGGGAGCGGUAUGGAGGAAAUGGGAGAUGAUAAUCUGGAUAGGUGUAGUGAUUUUUGUGUAAGUGGGGUGCCCGAGGAUCAAUGGGUAUGGCUGGAUGCGGAGGAGAGCUUGAGGGACGUCUACCCGCAUGAUCCCAUUGGCCGGUCUUUGCAUCUUUAUGAUCGAUGA